AUGUCGCCCGUGUCGGUGUGUGAGCUACUGGUCGGCGGCAUGACGUGUACCGCUUGCACAGGAGCAGUUCAUGGCGCGCUAACAAAAAAGCCCGGUGUCCUGCGGGCAAAUGUGGACAUAUUAAGAGAAACAGCAAGGGUUGCGUACCACAGCGACAUCAUAGCCCCAGAGGAACUCUGUGGGGUCAUCCAGAGCCUGGGCUUCGAGGCUGAAAUCCUUCAAAUAUUUGCGCCAAGCGACCCAUCCAGCGAUGACAGCAGAACAACAGCGGACUGGACAGAUCCGUCAAUUGGGGUCCAGAAAAGUGAGCUGGGAGGCCCCCUGCCUCCACAGCAAGCUAUUUCAGCAGACCCUGAGGAUAGGCAGACUGCUGCGUUACCACUGGCGUUCCAAAAGACAACGGCUGGCAACUAUGACUAUUCGGAUCUUGUAAACAAGUCCAAGGCAACCAUUCGCCUCGCUAUACAUGAAAGUGAAGGAUUGUCGGCCGAGUCUGCCUGCAGUUCUUUGGAGAGCAUCAACGGAGUGUUAAGUUGCGCUGUGACCCCCAUAAAUGGCUUCAAUGUGAAUGGUGCAAAGCAGCUGAUAGUAACCUACAAGCCCAACGUAGUGGGAGUUCGUGAUCUUUUCAUCAAGUUGAUGCGUCGAGGCUUUAAUCCUUCUUUGCUGGCCGAGGACCCCCUCGAAACGCAGGCAAGGAUCGUUCACAAUCUAUGCCGCCUUGUCUUCAGCAUGAUAUGGGGCCCUCAGUAA